CCCAUUGUGACAUGCCCCCUGCUGGCUGGCACAGCCUCAUCCCCUCACUGCCAGGCUUGGCUCUGGCAGAGCGAGUGCUUGCACGUGCUACUGAGGAACGCUGAGCCAGCCGUUUCAGCUCUGCCACCGGCAGCAGAAAGUGGGUGGACCAUAUACACACCGGCUUCUGCCCACUCCUGACUCCAGGAUGGCUGAGGAAGUCCCCAAGGGCCCCUCAAAGCCCAUCCGUGCCUGGGAGGAGACGAAACCUCCCCAACGGAAGAGUUGGCGAAAGAGCCCACAGCGGAAGCAGGAGCUGUGUGUGCCUCAGCCCUUCCGUGCCGAUUCACCAUCCUAUUGUAACGCUUGCUUAAGGAGGAUAGACUGGGAGGAGAAAGAGGCCCUGGAGUACAUCAACGCCUUUCUCACGAGCAAUGAACAGGACGAGGCCAAGAAACUCAAGUUCUUGGAUUCCAUCAGCACCCUCAGCAGCCUGCCUGCUUUUAUGGACAAAGCCCUGCUAGUGGGGAAGAUAAAGGAGCUGAUUGAUCACGAGUCCGUCGACUCCCUGACCGGCGUGAUGCGUCAGCAAGCAAUGCUCGCCAUCAUGAAGCUGAGCAAAAUGAAGCUACCGUGGCUGGUCCUGACACGACCCAGCCUGCUCGCCACCUGCUUCUCCAGCAUCUUCUCCCUGCCUCCAGCACACACCAUGGAGGAGGAGGUGGAGGCUGCUCUCUGCACCAAAACUCUGAAAAUCAUGGAUGAGAUGCUGAAGGCCUUGGUGUGCGAGGAUCAGGAGCCCAACCUUCUGGUGCUGCAAAUCAUCUUGAAGGUCCUGCUCCCCUGGACUACAUCCAAGGAGGUGCAUGAGCGGCUGAGGGCAGUGGGAAGGAUCACCUGGCUUAUGGAAUUCAUGGGGUCUCAGUGCAAAUUCCAGGAAGUGGAGGAGUUCAGCGUCCUGGGCCAGCUGGUGGGGUGUCUCACUCUGUGCUGUGCGGAGCAGGAGCAGGAGAUCUGGCAAUUGGCUGUGGAGGGCCUUCACCACGUCUACUCCUUCAUGCUGCAGCUAAAAUCCAAAAUGCCGGUGAAUCACGGUGCAGAGUAUCGGCAGCUCCUCCACGACAGUCAAACUGAGAGAGCCUUCUGGGUCACCAACAUCAGCAAUAUCACAUCGAUUUUUGGGGAGUACUUCGACACGUCUGAGUGCAUGGACUUCCUCCUCGUUGCUAUCAAGGGCAUGAGAGACUCCAGCAUCCAUGACGCACUGACGGCCAGGAACAUGCUGCAUAUGAUCCUGGAGGUUCCCGGCCUCAGCUUGGGGAGGGUGUCAGAGGCUGUGAAGAACAUUCAUAACCACCUGGACUCCAUCAGCACGCCACUUGCCCGGCAGGAGCUGCGCAGGGCCCUUCUCCUGCUGGGCUACCGGUUCAGCAAGGAGGUGGUCGGAACCCUGCUGGGCUGCUCACUGUCAUGUGACAGUGUUGCUGCGGAGAUGUGGAAGAUGCUGACAUCCCAGCCCAAGACCACAAGAAAGAUCCUUGGGGAGCUGGUCAGCAUGCUGCAGGAGCCGGCUCGGCGACAGCAUCAGCUCUCUGAGAGACCGGCUGGCGUCCCCACCUUGGCCGCCACAAGAGCCCUGUAUGUGAUCCUGCAGGAGCAGGCCUGCAGGCAGGAGGUGAAGGAGCUCUUCCCUCAGCUCUACGUCGCGCUGCUCUUCCACGUCACCCACACAGUGCAGCACACUGCUUCGCAGGAGAGGGAGCAUAACCAGGAGGACACGGCCGCACCCCUCAGCCCCGUCAGGUUCGCGGUGAAGGCCAUGGAAGCUUUGCUUCUAUGCGCUGGCUACAAGGAGCAGGUCACCUUCAUGAUGAAGCAGGGCGGCUGGGACCUGCUCAUGAACUCCGACACGCACCACAAAGGUGUCUGCCUGCUUGCCCGGGCCAUGGUUUCGCUCAAUUUCCAGGAGCGAAACUGGAUUUUCCAUCAUCUCAUGGCCAUCCUCAACUAUCGGGACGAUAGGCGGUACGUCCCGGCCGUGGCGCUCUUCAUUCAGCUCCUCCAGUGCCCUGACCUUGGCAACAAGCUGGAAGACGCCAUCGUGGAGGAGAUGAGCAGGCAGCUGAGAGACCACCAGACCGUGGUGCGCUGGUUGGCGCUCAAAGGCCUCCUCAAUCUGGCCCUUCUCCCAGAGAAGGUGGGGAAACUCCAGCGUCUGCUGCCAGAUGUCCUGGAGCGACUCCAGGAGGUAGACAGAGACCUCAUCCGCAAGGCCAUCGCCGUGCUGAAACACCUCCUCGCCAGCAUGGACAGGCAGAGCGCCAGCCGCGCGGCUGUGCAAGUGGCUGAGCAACUCCUGCCGUUGUUUGAUGAUGUGUCCAGCAAGCUCCGGGUGCUCUCCAUCACCCUUUUUAAAGACCUGCUGGAGCUUGUAAGGGGGCCCAACCGGAGGCAGAUGAAGGAGCAUGUGCUCCAGAGCCUGGUCCCACUGCUCCUCCUUGUGCAUGAUGAGCGUCCCAACGUGUCCCAGGUGUGUUGGGACACCCUCAGCAGUGCCGCCCAAUUCCUGAGAUGGCACCAGCUCAGUGGCCUCAUCCAGCACAAGGAAACCUGGCAAAGCUGUGACUGCCUGGCCUGCUCCUGGAGGAUCUCGUACAGGGCUCUUGUGGCCUGCAGCUAAGAACAGGAGACAGACAUCGCUGCAGGGCUUUCAUCCUUCCCACGCUCCCCCAGGGCACCUAGAGAGGUGGGGAAACUCCAGGAGGUAGACAGAGACCUCAUCACCAAGGCCAUCGCCGUGCUAAAACACCUCCUCACCGGCAUGGACAGGCAGAGCGCCAGCCGCGCGGCUGUGCAAGUGGCUGAGCAACUCCUGCCAUUGUUUGAUGAUGUGUCCAGCAAGCUCCAGGUGCUCUCCAUCACCCUCUUUAAAGACCUGCUGGAGCUUGUAAGGGGGCCCAACCGGAGGCAGAUGAAGGAGCAUGUGCUCCAGAGCCUGAUCCCACUGCUCCUCCUUGUGCAUGAUGAGCGUCCCAACGUGUCCCAGACCUCAAAGGCUUGCAGCAGGACAGCAAGUCCUCAGUCCGAUGCCUGGCUUCUCAGACCAUCUUCAUCCUGGAGGCCUUCAAGAUCCAGCCUCCAGCCUGCUGCGGCCUAUGGACAUUUGUCCAUAGGAUGACCACAAUGUGCACUGCGGAGAGCCCGGUCAUUGAAGCUGCCCAGCUGCCCUAGCUCUGGGAAAAGCCAGCCUCCCUUCUCUGGGGGCUUUUGGCAUCAGACCCCGCCUGGAGCAAGGUGGAACACUUCGUGCCAGACCAUGACUUCUUCCCCAUUGGCUUCCUGCCCUGUCCAGUCACCAGCAAAGUGAAGCCACCGCUGUGGGUCCUGACACAACCCAGCCUGUUCGCCACCUGCUUCUCCAGCAUCUUCUCCCUGCCUCCAGCAGAGACCAUGAAGGAGGUGGAGGCUGCUCUCUACACCAAAACUCUGAAAACCAUGGAUGAGAUGCUGAAGGCCUUGGUGUGCGAGGAUCAGGAGCCCAACCUUCUGGUGCUGCAAAACAUCUUGGAGGGGACAUGGAGAACAAUUUGUCACCAUCCCCUGUAUAACAGCCCUUAACGUAUUUGAAGACUGUUAAAGGUGUCACCUCCGCCUUCUCAAGAUGAAACAUGCCCAAUUCGUUCAACCUUUCUUCACAGGUCAGGUUUUCCAAACUGCUGAUCAUUUUUGUCGCUGUCCUCUGGACUGGCCCCAGUUUGUUCACAUCUUUCUUAAAGCAUGGUGCCUGCAACUGGACACAGUGCUCCAAGCUAACACAAUUCAGAAUGGCAUUUCCCUUUUUCACAACAGCAUCACAUUGUUGAUUCAUAUUCAGUGUGAGAUCCAUGAUAACCCCCAGAUCCUAACUACACUGAGCAGCCUCAUGGUGCAGCACGCCCUGGCAGGGAAAACGCAGGUCUAGAAUAGUGACUCAGCAAGAUCCUCAGUAGGAGUCCAAUCUAACGAGCCCUGAGGUCGAUGGGUCUGUCCUCUGACUCCAGUGGGCUUUGGGUCGAGUCCCAUCAUUCUGUCUCCAAGGACUCUCCCCGCUGUUCCCCUAGCACCAAAGUCUGCUCUGCAGGGUCAGUGCAUUUACACAGGAUUGCCCUGACAGCAGCCUCUGAACCCAGGUGUCUGUUCACCCCCUUUGUCAGACGCCUGUGGGAUGCUUUGGCAUCAGCUCCUGCCAGGCUGCCAGAUGAACGCCCCUUGCUCUGCAUGCUCAGGGCCAUUGAGCUGCUCCAGCUGCUCCAUCCCCACUGUGGAAGGGCCUCC